UUUGUUUCGCGAAAGCAAACGGUUCGCUUUACUGGAUUUUUUACCGAAAUGGAGCAAAAAUUAAAGCUGUUAGUUUGCGGCGACGUACGGGGAAAGCUGAAAUCGUUUUUCGCGCGCAUUGAAAACGUAAACAAAAAGAGCGGCCCGUUCGAUUUGGUGCUGUGUGUUGGUGACUUUUUCGGCACCAACCCUGAGGUGGAGGUGUUGCAAGAGUACAAAAGAAAUAUAAAAACAGUUGCAGCGCCAGUUUACAUACUUGGCCCGACACGCAAGGAGCUUGCUCAGUAUUAUGCCGACACCCAGGAUGGUGAUAUCUGUACAAAUCUAAGCUAUCUGGGCAAGCGUGGCGUUUACACCACUUCCGGUGGGCUUAAAAUCGCUUACCUCAGCGGAAAUGCACAGGAAACCGGCAGCAAUGAGUGGACGUACAGCAAAGCCGACGCCAUCGCGGUCCGUGACUCGUGUUUGGCGAGCAAGGCCAACAUGGGAGAUUUCAGGGGCAUCGAUAUACUGCUCACAUCGCAGUGGCCUUUUGGUAUGCAGGAGAAGGUGAAGGAAAGCUGCAAGCUGGUCUCCUGGCUGGCAAAUGCCGUUAAACCGCGGUAUCAUUUCUGUGGCAUGAAUGACGAGUUUUACGAAUCUCCACCGUACCGCAACCUUCCGGACAAAAACACUCAAAUGGAGCUGGCAACCCGAUUUGUCGGGCUGGCGUCUUUCGGCAAUCCGGAAAAGAAGAAGCACAUUUACGCCCUGAGCAUAACGCCGGUCGAGAAGAUGCGCGUGCUGGAGCUGAUACAGAAAACGACGGAUGAAAUUCCAUCCCCCUACCAAAACCUGUCCCUGCUGACGGAAAGCGGCACUACCAACACGGAGGAAAAACGCGACGAUCAGUACUUCUACGACAUGAGCACGCCGGACGACAAUCGACGGAACAAACGGCGCAGCAACGAUCCCAACCAGCACCAGCAGAACAAUCAGAAGCGCGGCCGACCGACGUUCGAUCAGGAAACGUGUUGGUUCUGCCUGUCGGCGGGCAGCAUCGAGAAGCAUUUGAUCAUAUCGGUCGGUGACCAUUUCUAUCUCGCCCUGGCGAAAGGCCCCAUCACCGAAACGCACAUCCUGAUACUGUCCAUCACGCACAUCCAGUGCGCUGCGUUGCUCUCGGAACCGCAGUGGGCCGAGCUGGUACGGUUCAAGCAAGCGUUGGUCCAGUUUUACGCAGAUCGGGACCAGAAGGUGUUCUUUUACGAGCGCAACUUUAAGACGGGCCAUCUCCAGAUCAACGCCAUCGGCAUCGACGACAACGUGGCGUGGAAGAUACAGCACGUGCUGGAGGACAAGGGCGAGGAGUACAGUGUGCAGCUGGAGAAGGUACCGAAGCUAACGGCGCCGAGUGAUCUGCCGGAAAGGGGACCGUACUUUGUGGCGGAACUGCCGGACGAUACAGUGAUGCUGACGCGCCAGAUGAAAGGCUUCCCGCUGCACUUUGGGCGGGAAAUUAUCUGCGCGGACAAUUUGCUUAACUGCGAGGAGAAGGCGGACUGGCGGCAGUGUAACUGCACCAAGGAGGAGGAGGACGAGAUGGUGAAAAACUUUCGGGAGAGCUUCAAACCGUACGAUUUUACUGUUUGAAAGGGGGCAGUAGAGUGAAAGUUUAGAGUUACUCCGUUGCAAUUGAAUUUUCUACUUCAAGUAAUGUACAUUAUUGCACACACACAUGUACAAUUAUAAUAAAACGAGAAUUUUGACGAAUA